GGAAGGCUGGCCGCUGCUGCUAGGCUCAUUUUGGACUAGACAGAGCAGUGAAUGUUACAGGUUGAAAUGUUUUGAUGGACAACUUAGCUUAAUGGCAAAUUAUUCUACUGAGGACAAAGUGAGAGUUAAAAUUGAACCCUCAGUAGAUACAUUAAAUUCUGAAGAGCCAUUUCAAAGGGUUACUCCCCUUUUAAAUGACCAGAGAGGGUCAAGAAUUUCUGGGCAACAGGGAAGGAGACAAGCAGCCCAAGCCAUGAAUCGAGAACCGACCCUUCCUGCAAGGGAGUCUACCAGCCAGGCCCCAGAUCAGGCAGAAGUUAAUGAGCUUCUCUGCUUGUCUUUUCCAAAAAAACUUUGGAAAAUAGUAGAUAGUGAUCAUUUUAAGUCCAUCUAUUGGAAUGAGAAUGGAGACAGUGUGGUCAUUAAAGAAGAGUUUUUUCAACGAGAGAUUUUGGAUAGGAAAGGAUUAAUAAGGAUUUUUGAAACAGCUAGCCUAAAAAGUUUUGUUCGACAGCUUAAUCUGUAUGGAUUUUCUAAAAUUCGAGUAAAUUUGCCUUCGACACACUUGGACCAGGGGAAUGAAAACAUCAUGGUCUACCGCAGCACUAACUUUAAAAGAGACUGCCCUCAUCUGCUUCAGAGAAUGAAAAGAAGAGUGGGUAUCCGAAGACGUGCUUCAUCAAGUUCUGCCUCCCCUCUUCUCAAAAGAAAGCGAGCCCGGGUCUCAAAAAGAAAGCUUUCCUUCAGAGAGUCAAGAAAGACCCAUCAUAGCAGACGAGUAAAAUCUAAGAAGGGAAAGAAGAAGGCCAAGAAAUCUCGCCACCCCCGGAAGAAGAAGCGCCAAGGGUAUCCCACUCCCCCAGAAUGGCCAGUAGAGGGUCCCUCUAGUCACCCCAGACAAAAUGUACCUCAGGUUCACCCCGGAGAGAGCUCAAACAACAAUGGUUUCAAUCCUUUUGUAUCUCAGGAAGCAGCUAUGCCCACAGACCCUUCUUUUAUGGGAAUGCUGACACCAACGCUGUAUAAUGAUUUCAUGUCCCUGAAUAGUCAGAUUGCCACUUUAAUGUCUUUUUACAAUCCAUGGUUUGCUAUGUGCAUGGCUGCGGCUUCUACAUCUGGCGCGGUGCCCGAGCCCAACGGGGAUAAUGAUGAUGACGAGCAGGUAUCAUCUUCAGCUCAGCAUUGCCCCAUGUGCAACUGCUGCUACAACGAGUCUGUAGCUAAGCCUGGGACCCCCAACAGCCCUGAGAGCUCUUCUGACUAAAAUUACAGUUUGUAAUGAAUACAAUGACCCUAUUUUUGUCUUUAAUAAAAAUCUAUACGAAUUAAACUAUUUACAAAUCUAACUAGUAUUUUUUCCGCUUGCUUUUGCUCACAACAUCUUACACUUUCUGGGCCAGUCCAGCUGAAUCUGGGAGGGUUCCUCACAGAGGCAAAGGUAUCUAUUUACUCCUUCUAAAAUAAACUACUGAAUCAAAAGGGAUCCUAGAUAAAUAACAUAUAUCAUAUAACAUAUAAAAGUUAAAAUUCAAUAUGUAAAGGGGAUUUUGCUCAUUCCUUCAGCACAUAUCUAUUGAAUCUACUCAGUGGGGGGUUGGUUCCAUGCCUUGUACAGCAGGGGGUCCUGGGAGAUGGCACAUAGAAACUCAACUGACCUUAAAGCAACAUGGCAGCUAGCAUUCAGGGAGCACUUUUCAGAUAGGAUCCUCAUUCUAACAAUGGGAGAGGGUGCUAAUAUCCCUUUAUCAGUGAGCAAAGUGAAGUUACCCUGAGUCACACAGGUAUGUGUUUAAGAUGGUAUUUAAACUCAGAUCUUCCUGCCUCCAAGAUCAGCAUUUCAUUCACUGUGAGAGGCCACCUAGUUGUUCACACAUUACCCAUUUAAUGAGAAGGUAUUAAGCACUAGGAGGUGGGAUGAUAUUAAGGAGAGUGACACGGGGGAGGGAAAUCUAGUGGGGUUUAGGAGGAAAUAUAUAGGCUAGGAAAUAUAUGGCUAGUAGGGUUUAGGGGGAAAUACAUAGUUGAAGUCAUAUGAAGAGAUGAAAAAGCUCAGGUUUAUAAAGGGGGCUGAGGACAGAAGGCUCUGGGUUAUCUACAUUUAGGAUGCAAGAGAAUAAAAAAUACACAAGAGUUUGGAGCAGAAUCAGGAAACCAGAAAGAAAAAGACUUUUUAAAAGGUCAUUAAGUGUCCUUCUCUCCUCUUGAAGAGAUGAAAGCAGAUUUUUGCAUAUGCUAACAGGAAUGUCCUAACUUGAUUGAUUUUUUUAAUAGUUUUUUUUUUUUCCCCAAGUGAAGUCUCCCUGGGGGGUAACAUUAUGACAGGAAGGGUGUACCUAACUGCCAGUAAUUGUGAUGUAACAAUGACAGACAACAUGAAAACUUAAAAGCCACUUAACCAAGGAUUGUGAUCAUUUUGUUCAUUGGUGACCUUAGGGGAAAUAAAAUGAAUUAUAAGGGGGUUAAAGACUAUGUGGACAGUGAGAGUAUUCUAUGACAGAUCACUGUAUUCUAAUGUUAGACAAGAGGGGGGAAAUCAGAGGAUGGCCAAUUAUACCAACUGAAGAAUGGUUGAGAUGGGGAGAGAGGGGAACUGAUUUUAAUAAAAAGUUAUUUUGAAACAUGUAGAUGGUACACAAAUGGAUUAGUUGAAGGCCUUUCUCCUUUCCCUGUCAGAAUGUUGGCUAUUUCAGUUACUUUAUGACAAGGAAAGAUUCCAUGGUGGGAGAGGGAGAGGGGGAGGGAAGCCAUGUCAAGAAACUGCUAUGAUAUCAAAAGAAAGAGGGACCAACAACUGUUUUUACCAAAAUUAGUUUCAAUCUCAGCAUUGUUUAGAUCUCAAAUAAGGCUUUCCCAGGCAAUAUCUAAUUUGAUGGAGAGCCUGAUUUAAGCAAUAGCCUUAUUUAAAACGCAUAAUGACAUUUUUACUAGG